CUGAAUAUCAUGAGUUUGCAUUUUCAGUUUCUUACUGGAAAAAAAAGCCUCAGUAUUGCUGGGGGGAAUAACUGAGUCAUGAGGCGUAAAGCCACUGAAGUGGCACUGAGUGCAAUACUGCAUGAGAAGGAGAUUUGGAUAACUCAUGCAUGCAGAUUGAGUGUGAAGGUGGUUAAGUUCAGCUGCUUUACUUUCCCUCUCGGCUCUGUUUCCUUUUGGACGGAUUGGCUUUCAGGUGUGACUUCUUUUCCCCAGUGAUUGUUUUCCAGAAUGCUUGGAAAACAGGAGAAGUAGAAAACUACCCUUUUGCCUUAGUAUUCUGUUUUCCCUGCCACGUUUAAACAGACUGACAGAAAUUGAAGAAAUGAAAAGCAGCAUUCCAGCUAAAAUAGGUCAAGGGUGCUGCAGUUCAGACCUUUCUGGUUCUGCGGACUAACUGAGAGUCCCAAGUAUAAGUCUGUUCCAGUUAGAUUUUUCAUGUUUACGUGUAGAUAGACAAUAGGUCCCCUUUGGGCAGUCUAGAUGUGUUUUUAACUGAUGAAAAUAAAAUAUCCGGUUACUGUGGAACGUCUUAUUUAUUUGGGCUUUAUGUAAGAGUUGUUGAAGUCUCUUGGCAUGGGAAGACUUUUAAAUUUGGGUUCUGUAGGAUUCUGGUAAUGAACCUCGAAAAUGAGAGCCAUGAAUUUCUUAGUGCGAUCUCCUUAUUCUCUACUACGUGUCCUUCUUUAGGUGAGAGGUGGAUUGCAGUGUCUGUGCUGUGUAAAAAUAGGCAUCAAAGAUAGCUGGUACGUAAAUAUUGCAUCCUUUGCUUUCACAGAGCACACCUCUACCAGAAAAAAAUUCCCUCCGUUGGAGCAAAUGGUAAAAGUGACACCAGUCUCUAUUUUUGAGUCAGGAGCACUGAUGGCAGUGCAGGGUGUGUGACAUUACAAGUCCAGAUGAAAAAACUGUGCAAGUACAUCUCACAGCUUGUGCUAGUUUGGAGGAUGAUAUGGAGGUGACUUCCUAAGCAGUGAAAGGUACUAACAAUGUUGGUUUUUAUGCAGGAGUAAAAGUGAUAGCUGUACUGUUACGUGACGCUGAGGGGAGAGAAUCUGUCUGUUACUUGCCUGUGAAGGAGUGAGUCUCUGCUGUUUCAUUUUACCUGUGGCUCUGAUAUGUAAUGGUUUUCUGGUGUUGCCUCUAUUGCUUUAAUUCUCUUUACAAUAACAGAGAGCAUCUCUUCUGUUUCUCCAGAUGUUGCAACUGUGCUCUAGCAGUUGGCAGAGAUGUGUACUAGGCUAGAGGCACACUCUUAAGACUAAGCUAUAGCCUUCUUGUAAUAGUACUUAGCUUGCUGUCUUUCUGCCUUUGAAUACAGUUCUGAACUACAAAAAAUGGGCUUGCCAGGGGGUGGGAAGAAAUGUGAGGGCGUGGAACAUAUACUGGGAAUUUCCCAGCAGCUGACAUAAGAAUUUGUUCUGAUUGCCAGUGGUUUGCAAUCAGUUCCUCCAAGAGUUUGCUGGUGACAAAAUAGAGUUUCCUUUCCUAGGACAGAAGGGUUACGUGAUGGUGGCUGCAGGUUUUUACUUGCGUUUUUCUACUGUCUUGUUCUUGCUGUUGGUGGUCACUUUUACCCAUUGCUUGGGUUCGAAAUGCAAAGAACAUGAAUAUCCCUUUGGUACAAAAUGCUGCAAGGACUGUGCACCUGGUGAAAGAAUGAGAAGCCGCUGCACAGCAAAAACAGACACAGUUUGUGCCCCCUGUCAAGACAAUUACUUUAGCACUGAGCACAAUCACAGCUUCUGCAGGAGUUGUACAGUUUGUGACACUAAGAAGGGAAGCGUGGAAGUGAAGAAGUGUGAGAAGACCUCUGACAGAAUUUGCAAGUGUAUUCCUGGUUACAUGCCAGAUGUCAGAUAUACACUGGGAAGUGUGUGCUUACUGUGUCCUGAAGGGUUUUAUUCCCCAGGAGGAAAUGAAAGCUGUCGGCCUUGGACCAACUGCAGUGCUAUUGGGAAAAAUACUCUUCGAGCAGGGACAAAAUCAGAUAAUGCUGUUUGCAGCAAUAAUGUGACAUGGCCAGCUACCUCUCAAAGUGCAACACCUACUUUGCAUAUUUCCACCAACUACUACAGGAAUAAUACAUCGACUGCAGUGCCUUCACCCUCCAAACCCAGUGUGAACCCUUCUGUUGUUCGCCCGGAUGCAAACAGCCCCACAGGCACUAACUGGGGGUCUCUAUCGCUUAUCCUGAUUUGUCUGAUAUUGCUUAUGGUGUCUGGAAUAUCCAUUUUCAUGUUGAUUAUCCAAGCAGCCAAAAGAGAGAACAAGAGGAGGCCUUGCAGGAACGACCAUCAAAAAAGGAGCUUUCGAAUUCCUAUCCAGGAAGAACAAGUUGACUCCAAUUCCAGUCUCCUAAAAAACUGAAUCCGCAUCACUUUACUGCAUCCUGCAUUUCUGAGCCAGUCGAUUGUAACAACCAGUGUGACAGAACUUUCAGUUGCUGUAUGUGUGAAUGGGUGUUAACUGUUCAAUUGUACUUCAGUUCCUGUAGGUCUCACUGAGUGGCCCUUAGGCAUUGUAGCUGUUCUUAGUGAGCUGUGAUUCCUUUUCCUUAGAUAGCUCCUACAUGCAGCAUCGCUGGUGCCAAGCCUCAGUUUAUACAGUCCUUUGUGCAUUUCUAACCAAUUAUAUAUGUAAUGGAAGCCUGUUGUCUUUGGAAAGCAGGAAAUCUUUAUGAAGCAGUAAGCGAUGAUCACUGAGAAGAUUGACAAACAGAAAAUCAAAAGACCUGCUUUAAUAACUAGACUUCUAUCUCGUCCUGCAACUUUGAGAUGCUAAGCAGAACACAUCUCAGUGCAGCCCUUUUGGACUAACUCCCAAUGGAGUUCUUUGCCUCUUAGGUGGAAAAUCUCCACGAAUGAACGUAACCAGCUUCUUUGGUGCUUCUGUAUUUUUUUCCAGCUUUUUUCUUCUCACUCAAAAUGAGUGGUAUAUGGCAUCUGUGCCUCCAGAGGGAGUUGUCAUAGCUGCUAAUUCUGGUGGUGGUUUUUAAGUGACUUUUGAUAAAUGGCUAUUUAGUGCCACUUCUUUCUUUUCUGCCUGUCUUCGAGGCAGACCUGUUGAGAAAAUGUCGUGUUAAGUAUUGAGCAGUAUCACCGUAGACCAACAAAUAGAAUUAUUAAUGACUUCAAAAUAGUUCAAGAUCUCCAAUUGUUCAGAACAUCUACAGACAUUCUCAUGUGUAUCAAAAGUAGAAUCUGUGUAAUUGCUGCCAGAAGGCAAAGGGAAUGGUUUCUUCUUUUAGAAUGUUAUUAAUGGAAACUGUAGUUCAAAAUAGGGGGAAAGGCAGGAUACACCUUGUCUGUGCUUUAGACUUUGGAAGUUGCUGUGAAUAACUCGUGUUUUGUCUAUAAACUCUGUGCAGUCAGCAUACUUUUUGUUUCCUCUUUGUGGAUGUUCUGUUGUGCUCAACGCCCUGGUGUGGCUGUCCCCAGCAAGGCUGUUUCAGUCAAGCUUCGACUUCUCUGCAGUAAAAUAGUUUAAACUGCUUUUGUGGGAUUUGAUUGCUUGCUUCAAGGUAAUGUGGAUGCAGGGAGAAACCCAGGAGCAAGCUUGAUUUGGGGAAAAACUUUUUAUAUCUUAGAUUUAGUAGAUGUACAUGGACAUGUAGAACUUCUGCUGGUGAAUAAUAACUUAGUGAUAGUAACUCCCUAGAUGUUCACUUCUUAAAAAGAAGAGCUAAAUGUUUAACAGCAUUGUGCAUAUGGAUCUACAAGGGUUGCAUUGUAGCAAAGGUGUCUGAAGAUCACAUAAUAGUGGAGAGAUGCAUAAACCAUGCUUUGGCUGCUUGUGUGGAUGCUCACCUUGAAUGUGCUGUCAGUGGAACCUCCAUUCAGAACUGAAGAAAUGUUCUUCAUGUGGCUUGUGUGCAGUUGAAGCAGGCCUGGUUGUUUGCCUGCGUGCUGUAUGAAAUGAAUUUUACUUCUGUUGUGUGUUUUUUUUUUUCUUCACAAGUUAAUCAGAAUCUGUCUUGGAGAGAACACUUAGAAAGCACACUGAAAAUGUAAUGCCUGAGGAAAAAACUGACAUGUUACUGUGGAUAGCUUUUGUUGUAAUUUAAAUACUUCAGUGUAAAAGUUUAGGUGAACUUGAAAUUUAUAUAAUUCAGAGGUAUUUUUCACAUCAAAUGCUCUUUAGUAGGUAACUUGUUAGAUGUAAUAGCUAUUUUAUACACACAGUAUUAAAGCAUAUGCCAAAGUAUGCAGAAGGAAAUGUAUUCAAGAAUACAACUGUUGGUUGAGAAUCAUGUUUUUAAACAUAUGUUUUGUUAUAUGUUAUACAUAUGGUAUACUUACUGGCUUCCUAUUUUGAAGUGCAUAUACAAUGUAUGUAUACAUUUGUAUUAUAUAUGAAGUAUAGUAGUGACUUUCAAAUAAAUUGUGGCAGUGGCUAGGUGCACACGUAUGACUUGUAUGUCUGUAGAAUACAUUGACUGAAUCUGGGCUGGAGCGUAAGAUGUGAAUUGACUUUUCAAUAGGUUUCUUACUGGGGCGUUUGAUUACUGAACAAGAUUCCUAUGGUCCAGUUCUUUUGUUGAAGUCACCCUGGGGACCUUUGAGACUCUGCUGUUCAUCCUGACCUGGAGUGAUAUCUUGUGAUUUUACUAGCACCAAUGAAAGGUGCUGUAUUACCUGCUAAUUAAGCUUGCUUAGGCCAUGUUGUUGCACCAGCAUAGCCACUGAUUGCAGUGGGUACAGCCUGAUCCCAUGGACCCUGACCUACACUAAAAAUUACUGUGUAAUUUAGAUCUGAUCACAGUGACCCUAAGCUGCAAGAAUGGUUUUGGGAUGUAGUUGCUUCAAGUAUAAUACAAAAAGCAGGAUUGCCAAAUGGUCAAACCUGUGGCAUAGCAGGCUUUAUUUCAGUAUGCUGUUUUGCUUCUGGCUGUCUGGGUGAAGCAAGCAAGCUGGCUUGCUCUGUAAAUCACAAGUGGUAGCAGUCUGGCCUGAGAGCUGCUGGGAAGUUGGAGAUGAGGCUCAGCCCCUUCAAAAACUUAGAGCCCAAGUUCUGAAUGUAGAAGUCAUGGGGAGUGCACUGUGGUUUAGAUACCAUCAUCUCACUGUGAACUGGAUGAUAAGGCGCAGUGAAUGAUGCUGAGAAAGGAUUCCUGGGAACGCCCAAGCAGUUCACAGGAACGAUACUUAGAGAGUUUGUAGGCUGCACUUGGGAGCCAAUAGUUCAUACCAUGCUUUCAGCAUAAUUGAGCAAGGCACAAAUGCCUAAUGAACUCACUGUGACUUAAUGGCAAAAAUGCAGCCCACAGGAACAGAGGAGGAGUUGGUGGAGGUGCUGCAGUGGGACUGGAGAGGCUCUGUGGCAUGGGUUUAUUUGCAGCUGCUUCUGUGAAUUUUACUUCUUUUCUGCCCUCUGGCUGAGCUGCAUGGGAACGUGUUCAAGUGCACUAAUUUCUUGUGUCCUCCUGUAACCCCUUGAUCAGAUUUCCUGGAAACUGGGGCCUAGAUAAAUUGUUUUAUCUGGAGAACAACUUGCAGCCUUUCAGUACCCAAAGGGAGCCUAUAAAAAGGAGGGGAGUCAACUCUUUG